UAUCACAAGGAAGAUCUGUUUGCUUGUCUUCAACAAGUCUGGCCUACUGCAAGUACAAACCCUUUCCUCUCCCCUUUCAUUCUCUCUAAGUCUGUCUUAUGGCAGAUCCCGAAAUCCCAGUUCCGAUGAAGCCGUCGUCAGAAGAUGGUAAUUCCGACGACAUAUCGGAUCGGAGAUCCGCUUCAGUACUGAAGCUAUUUGGUUUUGAGGUGACGGAGAGCGAUGAAGUCCCCGCUACUAUACAAAACAGUAGAAAAUUCGAGUGUCAGUACUGUGGACGGGAAUUCGGGAAUUCUCAAGCACUCGGAGGCCAUCAAAACGCUCAUAAGAAGGAGAGGCAACGAGCAAAGCGAGCCCAAUUCCAAAGCAGUCGGCGGUUCUCAGCCGCAGUCUCCCCGCUUCUUAAUCCCCACGCAGUGCGGUCAGGACCCUUCUUAUACUCAGGUUUGCCUUUGGGCAUCGGUGCAGCUGCUCAACUCCACUCUCCGACCGAGUACUAUGCAUCACCACCACCGAUGCUGUCAUCGUUAUCUUCUCCUCGGCUUCCUUCUUGGCUUUACGUCUCUCGCCCACCUCAAUUUCCUGUGGAUCCCGACGUUCGUCCACGCCCUGCUCUAUCGAUAACUCAGUUUUCCGAGAAAAUGCCGGAGGUGGAAGUUGGAGUUGAUCUACAUCUGAGCCUUGCACCCUCCUCUACUUCGUAAUGAGCUAGUUGUACUACAUUAAGAUCGACGAUGCGACCGAUGAGCAUCGAAUCCCCGUAAGUCAUUGUUUCAUGUUCUGAGUUCUGACUUGGUCCGAGCGUCAUCAAAAUUCAAACCUCUCCCAGUCUCCAUGACUCGACUGAGUCGAAACCUGGUUUUUCAACCAUGAUAGUAUCUCCUUGUUCACAUGAGAGACUUUAUUUUCGUUUGCUUCUGUAUUGCCCAGCUAGUAUUAAUCUAUGCAUAUCUGAUUUAUUUUUCAAUUUUAAUUUCUCUUUAUUCUCUCGCCUUCUUUUCCUGAGAGAGAUGAAGGGGGAAGACUUGGAGCGGAGAAUGUUGGGGAUACGUUGUCAUUUCAAUCGGUUAUCAGAUGUUAAGUUUCUCGGAAUUGCUGAGGUUAAUUGAUCA